CGGUCCCGCGAGUGCGCUUCCCGCGGGGAAUCCUGCCUAUCGUCGUCCUCGAGACCAGCCACCCUCCCUCGCUCGCCGCCGCCGCCACCGCUGGGGGAUAUCAGCGGGUUCAGCGUGACAGCCAGAGUCGCGGAGUCGCUCGCGAUCGCCACGCGAAGGACGCGAGUCGUUCCGCUUCGUCGGACCGUGGGGUGGUGAAACGUAUCGCGGUAUACGCUACACACGUUCUUCCCUCCCGCUCUCUUCCCGUCCUCCAGCGCCUCCGCCUCCUCCUCCGCCUCCGCAUCCGCGAUACGAUCCGCGGAGCGACCUCGUACCGUAGUCGCGUGUGUGUGAUAGUGGCGAGCGAAAGGUCGCGCGCGCUGCGCUGCGUAUUUGGGAGGAUUCCAAGUGGUCCAGCGGUGUGUAUCCCCGCCGAGUGGAUCGAAAUUAUGUUCGCCAGGGGAUAGCCCGCGGAACGAGACGCGCACACGGCGAGCGAGUGGACGAUCGAACGCGGGGGAGGCAGCCAGGAGCAAGCUUCGCAACGAGCAGCGCUUCGCGUAGGAGCGCCGCGACGACGAUGACAACGCGCGUCGCCGAGUGAGCUUGGCUCCCCGACAGCCAAGAGGAUGCCACGGAGACAGGGUCGCUGCCGAAUCGUACCGGGGCGACGCGGCGUCAGUUGGAUUUAGAGAAACGUCUCGAGGAAAAGAAGUGCGCGAUCGGAAGUGAGGCGAUCGGGGGACGAGGAAGACGAGGGAGAACGAGAUUAUACAUACGCCUUGGGCUCCCGAGAAAAAUAGACCGAGGCGUGAAAAUAGAAGGUGGGAAACCAGUCAAGAGAGAAAAGUAGUAAAAGAAAACAGAGAGAACAGCAAAAGGAAGACAUCGCGAAGAGAAGACGAAGAGGAGGACACGCGACGAGGAGGAUCACCGCGCGGUCUUUUGGUUUCCGGAGUCUCUCUCCGUGGGUGUUUUUACGCGUGGAUCGAUAGUUUGUCCCGCAAGCUCGUGCCGGACGAGAGUUCGAGUUACGACGGCAAGUUACUCUACGUGGAGGACACGCGCGGUCCUCGCGUUCGACGACAACGACACCCCCGAGCCGCGAGUAACGAGGCCCGUGGGAGACGAGUGGAGAGAAGGAGGAAGUUUCCGAAAGGGCCUAGCUGGAGGUGCCGGUUAUCGUGACGGUCGUCAACGUCGCGAAGACGCUCCGCGAACGAAAGCUCCGCGGUGAUUUAUGGGGGAUUACAGCGCGAGCCUCUUCUCGAGUACCCUGACCAGCCCGAAACCUAACGCAAUCACGAGCAACAGCAGCAGCAGCAACUUCAGCGCCGCCGUCACCAUAACGACAUCCACGAUGCAGGACGAUCUGCUGAUCGAGAAGCAAGCCGCUGGGAAGCCCGCACCGCUCUCGCCGAGCGGCGCCCUCGACACCGUGGCUGGGCAGGACAAGUCGAAGGACGUGAUCGAGGCGGAGAGCAUCGCCAUCACCCCGACGACUCCCUCGUCGACGGAGAAGGACAUCACGUGCAGCACGACCUCAGCUCUGCAGGGUUUCGCCGAUCCCGGUGGCCGCGUGCCCAGCCUUUGGUCCGCACCGGACGACGGCGGCCUGCACACCGCGUUACCGGUCAACGGCUCGAUCGCCGCCUUUCAGAAUUUCCCGGCUGGUGGGCCCGCAGGCCUGUUCGCCAGCACCGGCGCGGUUUCGACCGGUACCCGACGAGCUAUCACGGCCAGUCAUAACUUUCCGCAGCAGCAACAGCAGCAGCACGGUAACGCGGGUGCGCCCACCGGUACCAGACACGGCGGUCUGCAAGUGUCGUCCGCGCAACAGCAACAGCAGCAACAACAACAGCAACAGCACCAACAGCAGCAACAACAACCUCCGCCGACGUCGCACCCGAGCGUCUAUCUGCCCGGCAAAGGAUACGCCGCGUGGUCGGGCGGACCGCAGGCCCCGCAGCAGUGGGGCGCGGGCCCGCAAGCGGCUGCCGCCGCGGUCGCCAGUCCGGGCCUAUCUCCGUGGAACCGUGGCAGAUCCGUGCCCAACUUACCGCCGCUGCACUCGUCCUUGCACGCCGCCGCAGCGGUUGCGGCCGCGGCCGGUCUGCAAGGCCGCAAGCCAAGUCCAACGUUCCCGGGCCAUCCGGGCCCGGCGGCGGCGCAUCCCUCCUGCAUCAGCCCGGUCAAGUUUCGUCGGAGCACCUCGUACCCCGGCAAGGGUAACAUAUAUCCACCCCAACCGGCACCGACCUUCGAGGUAACCGCCGCCGAGGAGAGGGACCUGCUGCAGAUGCCGCCAUUUCAGCAGGAUCGUAUGACGGCUAAUGGAAACUCACCGUUAGACAACAUGAGGACUUUGGAACACUAUCUGAGCGACAUAAUGCGAGCCGGCGCGGCGGAUACCCCAGAACAUCUGAAAGGAUUCAUAAACUGCAACACCGCCAACACGUUGCAGUCGCUCGCGCAGCUGCAUGGUAAAUCUCCGUUCUUCCCGAGUCUCGAAGAGCAAGGUGGUACCCUGUUGGAGGAUCCGAACGCGCCGAGCCAGCUGGACGGCGUCGGCGUUGGCGUCGGAGUAGGCGUCGGCGUCGGUGUGGGCGGCGGGAUAACGGCGUCCCAAGCGGCCCCGCUGUCGUCGCCAAGUCGGAGCAGUCCGCACAGUCAGGGCAGCGAAACCGGCGAGCGUUUCUCCAGGAAAGUCUUCGUCGGCGGACUACCGCCUGACAUCGAUGAAGACGAGAUCACAGCCAGUUUCCGCCGCUUUGGGCCGCUCGUCGUGGACUGGCCGCACAAGGCAGAAAGCAAAUCCUACUUCCCGCCGAAAGGCUACGCGUUUCUGCUGUUCCAGGACGAGGGUUCGGUGCAACAGCUGAUAGACGCCUGCAUCCAGGACGAGGACAAGCUUUACCUUUGCGUAAGCUCGCCCACGAUCAAGGACAAGCCCGUGCAGAUCCGACCUUGGCGGCUGAGCGAUGCCGACUUCGUGCUGGACGCCUCCAUGCCGCUCGAUCCGCGAAAAACGGUUUUCGUCGGCGGAGUGCCGCGACCGCUCAAGGCCGUCGAGCUCGCGAUGAUUAUGGACCGGCUUUACGGUGGUGUCUGUUACGCCGGCAUCGACACCGAUCCCGAGCUCAAGUAUCCCAAGGGUGCCGGCAGGGUCGCCUUUAGUAAUCAGCAAAGCUACAUAGCUGCCAUCUCAGCCAGAUUCGUACAGCUGCAGCACGGCGAUAUUGACAAGAGGGUCGAAGUCAAACCAUACGUUCUGGACGAUCAGAUGUGCGACGAAUGUCAAGGCCAGCGUUGCGGAGGCAAGUUUGCGCCAUUCUUCUGCGCCAACGUCACCUGCCUGCAGUACUACUGCGAGCAUUGCUGGGCAACUAUCCACUCCCGGCCAGGUCGGGAGUUCCACAAGCCGCUGGUGAAGGAGGGCGCGGAUCGGCCUCGGGCCGUGCCUUUCCGCUGGUGUUAACCCCAGCUGCGUUGUCCCUAAUUAUCUCGCAGCCCUAGCUAAUUAACUACCACCUCUAUCAAUAUUCCCCCCCCCCCCCCCCCGUGCC